CGUUUCUUCUGCGCUCUGAAAGGCAAGCAAGACGAGGAUCGAGAAAUGGGCGUUUCCAUGUUCCAGCUUGCACCUGAUCUCACCGUUUCCAGGCUCUGUUUCGGAACGAUGACGUUUGGGGAGCAGAACACUCUGCCACAGUCUUUUUGCCUUCUUGACGCCGCCGUUGAUGCUGGUAUCAACUUUUUCGACUCCGCCGAGAUGUAUCCCGUGCCACAGCGCAAAGAGACUCAGGGCCGGAGCGAGGAGUUCAUCGGGCGCUGGAUGAGGGCGCGCAAUGUACCACGCGAUCGCAUUGUUCUUGCCACCAAGGUAGCAGGGCCUUCUGGUCAAAUGACUUGGAUUCGUGGGGGCCCUAAAUCCUUAGAUGCUAAAAAUAUUUCAGAGGCUAUUGAUAACAGCUUAACUCGGUUGGGCACAGAUUAUAUUGACCUUUACCAAAUACAUUGGCCUGAUCGUUAUGUUCCAAUGUUUGGAGAAACUGAGUAUGAUCCAGGUCAACAGUAUGAGUCUGUAGCUAUCGAGGAACAGCUUGAUGCUCUUGGAAAUGCUGUUACUUCAGGCAAGAUUCGGUACAUUGGGCUUAGUAAUGAAACACCAUAUGGUGUGAUGAAAUUCCUCCAAACUUCUAAUAAUAUGUUCUCCAAUCAAAAAAUAGUUUCUGUGCAGAACUCAUACAACUUACUCUGCCGAAACUUUGAUUGUGGAUUAGCUGAGUGCUGCCACCAUGAGAGUAUAAGCUUGUUAGCAUACAGUCCAAUGGCAAUGGGCAUACUUUCUGGGAAAUAUUUUUCUCCUGAUGGAGGACCUUCAGAUGCAAGAAUGAAUCUUUUUCGAGGAAGAUAUAGUGGAGCUGAAUCCAGAUACAAUCUUUCAAAUGCCAUCUUGAGAGCAGCUGUUGCGGAAUACACGAGUAUUGCCAGGAAAAACGGUGUCUCUCCUGCAUUUCUUGCAAUUGCAUUUGUGCUGAAUCACCCACUUGUUGCGAGUGCUGUCUUUGGAGCAACAAAAUUAUGGCAGCUUAGGGAGGUCCAUAACGCUUCCAAAAUUCGUCUUGCUGCAGAAAUAACCGCAGAAAUCAAUGAAGUUCAUCGAAGAUAUAAGAAUCCUUGUCCUUGAUCAGGAAACAACAAGAACAAACAAACAUCUAAACUGUAAUCCUCCGCGACUAUUUGAGGUCGGCUACAUGAAUUCUGUGCUGUUUUAAGUGAUUUUUUUGGGUGUAUUCUUUCAUCUCCUCCCAUUGCUGAAAUCUUCAACUCUAAUUACUUGAGUCAAUGCUAUAGGGAUGUAACCUAAUUAAAUUUAUUCUUGGAACUC